CCCGGAAGCGCUUCUGCUGCGCUGACGGUGCCCGGCCCGGACCCGCCAUGGCUCCCAGGGGCGGCCCCGGCGGGCGGCAGCAGGCGGAGGAGGAUCUGCUGCUGCAGGACUUCAGCCGCAACCUCUCCGCCAAGUCCUCCGCUCUCUUCUUCGGCAACGCUUUCAUCGUCUCCGCCAUCCCCAUCUGGCUUUACUGGAGGAUAUGGCACAUGGAUCUUGUUCAGUCCGCAGUCCUCUACAGUGUGAUGACUCUCAUCAGCACCUACCUGGUGGCUUUUGCCUACAAGAACGUCAAGUUUGUCCUCAAACACAAUUUCACAGGCUGGUUUCUUGCUCACAGAGUAGCCCAGAAGAGAGAAGAUGCUGUCUCCAAAGAAGUUACUCGCAAGCUGUCCGAGGCAGACAACAGGAAGAUGUCUCGGAAGGAGAAGGAUGAGAGGAUCCUGUGGAAGAAAAAUGAAGUUGCAGACUACGAAGCAACAACUUUCUCCAUCUUCUACAACAAUACUCUCUUCCUGGUCCUGGUCAUCAUUGCUUCCUUUUUUGUGCUGAAGAACUUCAACCCCACUGUAAACUACAUCCUGUCCAUAAGUGCUUCAUCUGGCCUGAUUGCUCUGCUCUCUACAGGAUCCAAGUAGAUGCCAAACCACACAGCAAUUUACUUCUGCCAUCCAAACAUGGAGCAGGAACACACAUUUGGGGUUUUUUAUACAGUGUGGAUGCUUGAGGGUGUGGGAGGGAGGGUUGGACUCCAAAAUGAUUGAAUUCCAGCUGCAUUUGCUGUCUUUCCAUGGGAUUAGUCCAUAGUUCCAGUCAUAAUGGGUAGGGUUUACUUAGCAAGGGGAAGAAGAAGCCUGUGAGCAGUUAGCAAACCUAAUUUAGAAGCAACAGAUAGGGGUGGUGGUACCACAGAGACACCACAAAGGGGCAGCUGCACACCAGCACAAAUGGAUGGGGCUCAGAAAAGCUGUCCCAGGUCUGCCCUGCUCAAGUCACUGAGUGGAAGGUGACAGAGCCACCACUUGUGCUUGUAACUUGGGAGUGUUAAUAAAAGGUGCCCUGGCUUGAGUUGAAAGAAAUAAAA